AUGGCGUUUGACGCUAAUGGGUUGUACGCUUCCGCCAUGACAGAAGGUGAAUAUCCUAAAGCGGAAAGUGCAAGAGCGUUUCUACCAGAAGAAGAAAAAGAAUUUGUGAAACUCUUCAAUAAACAAAAAUUCAGACCUAGAACUGCUAUUUUAAAAGUCUGGUUUGAAUAUCCCAAAGACAUGUUCUUUCAACCCAUACCAGCUAAAGAUAAAAUAACUUUUACGAAUAGAAUAGGUCAGAAGGAAACUGGGAGUAAAAUCAGGUUCAGAAAUGGUUUCUGUCACGACGUUUUAACAUCAGUUGAUAUUCAAGAAAUAGUGAAAUCCGGUGGUAAAAUUAUUAGAAAAUUAGAUGGUAUAGUUUACGAAGAAAAUUUUAAAACUCCAUCAUACAGAGAUUAUAUUUUAAUUUUGAAGGAAUUAAGGAAUAAAUACAAAAAAGAAGGAGAUAUGGUUGCUAAUACUGAUAGUUUAUACAUUUCGUCUAGCAAUUGGGAUAAAUUAAAUGAAGCUGGGUUGGUGUCUGAAAACGAAUAUAGCAAAGGGAAGAAUGAUUAUGGUGAUGGUGGAAUCAUAUUUGGUUUAUAUUUAGCACCAAAAGUAAAAUACAAUAUCAUUCUAACUUCCGAUGGUGUUUUAAAAGAAAAGAAAACGUUUAAGGGUUACUCUAACUAUAAGAUUAAGGUAGAAGACUACAUUCAAUUAGCUAGUGGACAUGACGUAACAAAUGAAUUUGAUAAACCUUGUAUAAAAAGUUUUACUGAUGGAAUAGUUAUUCCCAAUGAAAAACAAAAGAAAGUUUUCAGAAGUUAUCUGAAUCUCGUUAAGAGAAAAGCACCAAACAGUGAAGGAAUUAUGUAUCCUUACAACAAUAAAGAUGAGAAGUGUUUGGAUGAUGAUUAUGUAUUUGAUGAUUUUGAUUAUUUUACAAAUGAAUCUAAUGAUGAUCCAUCAGAAUGA